AUGAAUUCCCUCUCCAACCUCCUCGCCCCCCGCGCGCGCCCUUCCCUCCCGCUCCCGCUCCCGCUCCGCGCCGCCGCCCCGGCCACCAGCAGCGCCAGAGCGGCGGCACCGGCCCCGCGACGGUGGCGGCAGCGCGCGCGGCUGCCCUCGCCGGUCUCGGCCGUGGCGGCGGAGGCGCCCUCGGCAGCGUCGCUGAUUGAUGGCGAGGAGAAGGAGAAGGAGGAGGGGCAGUUCGACUGGCUGGACCAGUGGUACCCGCUGGCCCCCGUGUGCGACCUGGACCCCGGCGCGCCGCACGGCAAGACGGUGCUGGGCCUCCGCGUGGUGGCCUGGUACGACCGCGCCGUGGACGAGUGGCGCGUGUUCGACGACGCCUGCCCGCACCGCCUGGCGCCGCUCUCCGAGGGCCGCAUCGACGACAAGGGCCACCUCCAGUGCGUCUACCACGGCUGGUGCUUCGACGGCCGCGGCGCCUGCCAGUUCAUCCCACAGGCCCCCGCCCUCGGCCCACCUGUGCACAAGAACAGCAAGGCGUGCGUGGCGUCGUACCCGAGCGUGGUGCAGAACAACAUCCUGUGGUUCUACCCGAGGGCCGACGAGGAGCACCGGGACGUGUUGCAGAGGAAGCGCCCGCCAUUCAUCCCGGAGAUCGACGACCCCUCCUUCGUCACCGUCUACGGCGUCAGGGACCUCCCCUACGGGUACGAUGUGCUGGUGGAGAACCUCAUGGACCCUGCCCAUGUCCCCUACGCGCACAAGGGGUUGAUGGGCAAGUUUUGCAAGAAGGAAGACCUCGGCAGAGUUGAGUUCGACAUCGAAGGCGGUGGGCCGAUAAAGAUGAAGACGAAGGAGGCGAACGUGGACGGGUUCCUGACGGAGCAGCAGGAGAACCGCGGCUACUUCCGGUACGUCGCGCCGUGCACCUUCUACGGCUCGCCGCUUCCCAGAGAGGUCGCACCGUUCGCCGUCGACGACUCGCCGCUUCCCAGUGAGGCCACGGAAGAGGAGGAGAAGAAGAAGAAGCCCCAGUUCAUGAUGGUGUUCAUGUGCAUCCCAGUGGCGCCGGGGAAGAGCAGGGUGAUCUGGGCCUUGCCGAGGAACGUCGGCGUCUGGCUCGACAAGGUCAUACCGCGGUGGUACUACCACAUGGGCCCGAACGCCCUCUUUGACUCGGACAUGUACCUCCUCCACGUCGAGGAGCGCAACUUCGCCGCGGCCGGCGUCGAAAACUGGCACAAAGCCGUGUACGUGCCCACGUCGUCGGACAACAUGGUGAUCGCCUUCAGAAACUGGUUCAGAAAGCAUUGCAAGAGCCAGGUCGGCUGGGCCGUCCCCACAGCCGAUCAGCUGCCGGUGACUCCAACCAAAGACAAGCUCAUGGAGAGGGUACUGGUCGCACGUGGCGCAGUGCAGGAGCUGCAGCGCGGCGUUGAAGGCCAUGAAGGCGCUGGAGGUCGCCCUGCAGUUCGCGUCGGUUGCGGUCGUCGGGUUCCUCGCCGUCGCCAAGGGGACGCUGGUGACGUCGGUCGUGCAGAGAGCCGCCGUCGUGUCCUUGGCCGUGCUGUGCUUCGGGGCGUCCCGCUGGCUGGCGAGCUUCAUCCAGAAGAACUUCUAUUUCCAUGA